AUGGACUCAUCAAGAACCUACUGUUUAUGGAAUUUAACUGCAUGCAGAUGUCGAAAGAACGAUCAGAUCAACGAGGUCAUCAUGAAAAACUUACACCGGAAACUUGAAGAACACAAGGAAGUUGAUGUGGAGAAUAUACUCUCUCUUCUUCCCAUUAUACACCAAAGACGUAUCAUGUGCCGUCUCAGCUUGAAUUUAUUAAGGAACGUGGCAAUGCUUGAGAAUAUGGAUGAACAAGUCCUUAUAGCAAUUUGUGAGCGUCUGAAGCCUGUGAUCUAUACUGAAGAUGCCUAUAUCAUUCGUGAUGGGGAGCCCCUUGACAAGAUGCUCUUCAUCAUGCAAGGCACCGCAUGGAGCUACACAACUAGUUCUAAUUGCAACAUUUGCAAAAGUACUAGUGGUUCCUCAAACAUUAAGUGCCUCGAGAGAGGUGAUUUCUAUGGAGAAGAACUUAUGAAUUGGGCUUCAAAACUUACUUCAUUCUCUGAGUUUCCCAUCUCAACCAGAUUUGUCAAGUGCCAGACAAAAGUUGAAGCAUUUGCUAUUAGGGCCAAGGACUUGAAGGGCGUUGUCACAAAAUUCUGGUGGCAUUUUAGCAAGGAGUUUGAGAGUUCUCAGCUGGAGCAAUGGGAGAGUUCCGCAAUUUCUUCCUUACGAGCAAUCCGGUGCCGCCGUCAUGCAAGGGCCAGGGCCAGAACUGGUUGA